GUUGCCAAAAUCAAAAUGAAGCGAAUUAUAAUAAAUCUAAUUGUGAUACUCUUAGCACAACAUUUCUCUGCUGCUGCAGCUUUUGGUGACGAGACUUGUGAACUGAAUCGAGAAAUGGAACAACAGUGCCGCAGUUAUACCUACUCCGUUGUUAAGCCUAUGCUAGAUUACUUGCGCCAAGUGAGCGAAGAUUUAAUGAAAAGUGAAUCGAAAGAUAGAAUCAUUAAGGAGUUGAGAGAAAAGCUAGUUCAGCAGGAGAAUAAUAUAGAAUUGAUAAAAGAAUCACAGGAAAAUAAUGUGAAAUUGAUCAAAGAAUUGCGAUCUCAAAUCGAUCUACAAAAUAGAAUAGAUGGUCUAUUAACUGAGAACAAUGUUAAAUGCAAGGGCGAAUUAACGAGUCAAACCAAGAAGUUGGCUAGAUUAGAAGUUGAACUGAAUCAAUUGAAUUCUAGUCGUAUGGUAAUUAGUAACGAAAUAACUAGAAUGAAUUUCAGCAAUAAGAAUUUAGAAUUGCAAUUAAAAGAUGAGAAAAACAAAAUACAAGGAAUAAAUAGCAAUCUUAAUUUAUGUCAAAUUAAAGUAGAGGAAUUAAGUAAAUUGGAGUCGCAGAUUAAAGUGCAGCGUGACGGAUUAACAGUAGAAUCAAACCAUUUUGAAGAAUGUAAAAGCGAUUUAGCAUAUAAAUCUGAAAAAAUCAAAAUUUGUGAGGUUCAAUUGAGAAAUCUAAAUUCCAGUCUUAUUGAAAAAGAUGAAGUUAUUUUAAGAAAUAGCAAAAAGAUCAGAGCCAUGACGAAUGAGAUGAAAUCAAAUAAGAUUGCCUUGCAUUUACUGAAAAUCCUGGUAUUCACAAAAUCAAUGUUAUUGGCUUUGGUUCUUUCGAAGUUUUGUGUAAUAAUCAGUUAG